AUGCCCGAAGGCACAAAGGUCGUCGCUCAAUUUAAAUCAGCUGACGGUGAAGCCACCACUGGCCCUCCCUUGAAUCUGCCCGGCGAUGUCACCCCAGAACAACUCGAACUCUUGUUGAAUCAGUUACUCGAACAGUCAGAAGAUCCUAUACCCUAUUCGUUUUAUGUUGGCGAAGACGAGAUCGUAAAGUCAUUAUGGACUGAUCGUAAAGAUAAAUCAACAGAAGACACAAUCACGAUCGUGUAUCAACCACAAGCAGUUUUUCGCGUACGCGCAGUAUCUCGAUGCUCUUCAACGCUUUCGGGGCACACGGAAGCGGUAUUGUCGGUUGCAUUUAGCCCAGAUGGAUCCCAGCUGGCUACUGGAUCUGGUGACGCCACGGUUCGGAUAUGGGAUUUAAAUACGGAAACACCACGUCAUACACUAAAGGGACAUCGGGGAUGGGUAUUAUCGAUUGCAUGGUCUCCCGAUGGCAAGACGCUUGCUUCAGGAAGUAUGGAUAACACCGUCCGAUUAUGGGAUCCGAAAACGGGCAAGUCGCUUGGCGAUGGACUGAAGGGACAUACCAAAUGGAUUACCAGCCUGUCAUGGGAACCUUAUCACUUAAACUCAAAAGCAAAUCGGUUGGCCAGUUCAUCCAAAGACGCAACGGUGCGCGUAUGGGACACAACACUGAGGAGACUUGCCAUGACCAUUUCACAGCAUACGGCAGCAGUGACAUGUGUCAAGUGGGGUGGUGAAGGACUGAUCUACACUGCUUCCCAAGACAAGACUAUCAAAGUCUGGAACUCGAGUGGUGUACUAGUGAAAACCUUACAAGGUCAUGGCCAUUGGGUCAAUACACUUGCACUCAGCACUGAUUUUGUUCUUCGCACUGGUCCGUUUGACCACACUGGUAAAAAGUAUGCCACCGAGGAAGAGGGUAAAGCAGCCGCUUUGGCGCGUUACAAGGCAUUUAAAGGAAACAACCAUGAGCGUCUGGUCAGUGGAUCAGAUGAUUUCACCAUGUUCUUUUGGGAACCCGAGACAAGCAAGAAGCCGCUCACUCGGAUGACAGGCCACCAGAAGCUGGUGAACCACGUGAGCUUUUCACCCGACGGACGAUACAUUGCCAGCGCGUCGUUUGAUACCUCGGUCAAGUUAUGGGAUGGCAUGACGGGCAAGUUCUUGGGCAAUCUGCGUGGCCACGUUGGAGCGGUCUAUCAAGUGUGCUGGUCAAGCGACUCGCGCAUGCUGUUGAGCGGCAGCAAGGAUAGUACCUUGAAGUUGUGGGAUAUCAAAAAGAUGAAAAUCAAAAUGGAUCUUCCAGGCCAUCUCGACGAGGUCUUUGCGGUCGACUGGAGCCCUGGCGGUGACAAAGUUGCCAGUGGUGGCAAAGAUAAGCAGUUGAAGAUCUGGAGACAUUAA